AUGUCCACCCAAAAGCGCGGUCGUGCUUGCGAAGCCUGCUCGCGAAUCAAGACGAGGUGCAGCCUGGGCACCGAUCCCGAAGCAUCACUGCCUUGCGAGCGAUGUCUCAGGCUGGACAAGAUAUGUACUCUGACCAAGCCUCAACGGCAGAAAGACCGCGUUCAGGAGCUGGAAGCCAAAGUCGCCGCCCUCACAAGACUGCUCCAAGCCCAAGGGAUCACAGAACCCGAUACCAACCCCGAUGAUGCUGGCUUGUCCGGCGACAAGGCUGGCUCGCUGCAGUCAUUGGAUGCGAUAGUGCCUGUUCACCUACAAGCAUUGUGUCUUAGCCGGUACAUAGAUGACUAUGUACGCAUAUGUCCUUUGGUCGUCCCAACAGGUGAUUGCUCGUUUGAAACGAUGAGAGCAAACCGACCUAUCCUGCUUCACGCCAUCAUCUUCGCUGCAAGUCCUGGUUUAUUAUUUGACCAAAUGCAAGAGGACAUCGGUCAAGCCCUGCUGCAUACUUUGUCACACAGAAGUAUUGUUGAGGGUGAAAAGUCUAUAGAAAUCAUGCAGGCUCUGCUCAUCACCACUGCGUGGUUCCGUUCGCCAGCAAAGCACAAACAUCUAGCCGCUGCUCAAUUGAUCGCCAUAGCCGAAGGAAUGGCCAUUGAUAUUGGCAUUGCAGACCCAGCAUCGGCACGAUUUUCGAUGGCGAUCACGGCCCACGGACAAGAUAUCAGCACCGUGGAAGCGGCAGCAACAUUCCUUGUUUGUCACCUGAUGUCAACUCUGUUAGCUGACCUUUCGAGGCGUGCCACGAGGACCCCAUGGUCUGCAUAUCAUGACACAUGUUUGAUGUUCCUCCACGCCUCCGGCUCGACCCUACCCACCUAUCGUUGGUUGAUUCAUUAUUGUCGCUCCGAGCGGCUCUGCGCUCAGAUAUUGAAGGAGAUUGGCCUGAACGACUCGACUAAGGUUUACGACAUCAGCGACCGAGAUUUCCAGCAACAGGUUCGGCAUUGCAAUGUGAUGAUUUCGGAGUGGAAAAUCCUUCUUCCAAGCACACUCUACGUCCCCGAAAUUCUGAUCUGGGAGCACGUGGCGACGGCAUAUCUUCAUGAGACGCUCCUGCACACCACAACUAAUCAACAGUCCUUCGCAGCGCCCUUCAUAGCUGAUCGGCUGACCGCUCUGGACUUCCCACGCCCCGUGAUUCGCGAAGACCACGUAACCUCUCUAUUCGCACUGCGCUCAGCUCUACAUAAUAUUAUCGACCUCUACGCGCACAUGGACACAAAUAAGGUCAUGGCCUUGCCGGUGUUAUCAUACACCUCGCGAGCACUCUAUGCGCUCUACAUGCUUCUCAAACUGUACGUCGCGACAACGGCUCCUGGCAACACCUAUGGCAGUGUACUUGCGCCGGAAAGCCUCCAACUGGACACGUACUGUGAUAAAAUUAUGUCCUUAUGGAAGCGCCUGAGUCAGGUUGAUCCCAGAUCGGGGCCCGCCCGAGUGACCUCGGCGGCAGUAACACUGCGAGAGUAUUACAUCAAUUACUUGGUUUCGAACCCCACUAUUCAAUCACGCACAUCUUUCCCAUCCGCCGCGACCGAGAUGCCUGUCGGAGACGGCGUUCCGGCAGAAAACAUGAACAUGUCGACGAACUCAUUCGAUUAUGAUGCAAUCGACUGGAGUCUGUACUUUCCAUUACCUCUGGACGAUGGAGAUUUCUUCGCCAAUGAGAUGGAUUCUAUUAUGACCCAAGGACUCAUGAUGCCGGGCAUCUCUGAGCGGAAUGAUCUAAUAAAUUUGUAA